AUGUUUCCCAAAGCUGUUUCGCCCAAGGUGAAUUAUGAUGCUAAGCCGGAUGGGGUGAAUGAUGAUGCUAAACCGAUUGUUGCCGAGAUUGAUGUUAGGUCUGACAAUGUCACUAAUAAAAGGCAAGCAUUUGUAACGAUGAGAUGCAAGAGGGUUGGAAAAUAUGUUUCAAAAAUCCGGAAGUUAAAACAUGAUGACACUGGGUCUAGAAAAUGUGAGAGUCCGUUUAAAUUGCACGGAUCAUGUAGGGUGGAUGGUACAUGGUGGUUUAGUGUCAUUUGUGGUAAACAUAAUCAUGCGUCGAACACCAAGCCACAAGGUCGUCCAAUUGUAGGUCGAUUUAAAUUGGAUGAGAAAGAAAUUACUUUAGAAAUAUCGAUAAUCAAAUUUGCAACUAAAAACAUACUUGCAAAUUUGAUAUGGAAAAGACCGCAAAAUGUUUCAAAUAUCAAGCAAAAUGUUACAUGGGAGUUGAAUAUAUGCAAGAGUUUGUUGAAGGAUCCACAAAAUAUGCCUAGUGUCAUUGUAACCGACCGAGAUAACGCUCUUAUGAAUGUUGUUGGUAGUGUGUUUCCUACAUCAUAUAUAUUACUUUGUCAGUAUCAUAUAACAAAAAAUGUGAGAGUUAAGCUCAAACCUGCGGUUGGCACCCAAGAUUUCAAGGAUGAAGACGGAAACAUGGUCAAAUCUAGUGUUGUGGUAGAGAAUAUAAUGGAUGCAUGGGCAAAUAUUUUAAAUUCUUCUACAGAAGAGUUCUAUAUUGAGAAUGUGGUGAAAGAGAAAGUUGUGUGUGCUUGGAUGGAACGGGUUAGACAUUUGGGAAACACAAAAACUAUUAGAGUUGAAUCUGCACACGCGGCAUUGAAGAAAUAG